AUUCACUAUUCUCCUCUGUAUUCUCCUCUUGUGACCUUGUUUCCUCUCUGUCUCCCUCCGUCCUGUUCGCGUUCGCCGCUUGCUGUCACAAUGGGGAGAUUCGGCCUCAAGAAAUCCGACGGAGAUGACGAUGGCAACAGACGGGCCCUCUUUGGCUCGAGAUCGAAGAACAAGAGUCCGCAGCCUCCUGCCAACCCCUACGCUCAGCCGAUUCCUAUCGACGCCUACACAAAGGCCAAGGUCUUGGCUGGAGCGGCUCCUGUGCCCGAGAACUUCAACGGUCCUCCUCCCCCUGGUGGCCCUGGUGGCCCGGUGAACGAGAAGGCAGGCCCCGUACCAAACCAGCAAGGUGGAUAUGCACCCAAUCGCUUUGGUGCCCAGAGCGGAUAUGGAGGCGAUCGAUUCGGCGGCGGUGGUGGUGGUGGUGGUUCCGGCUCCCGAUACGGCCCUGGUGGUUACGGAGGACUAGGAGGCGAUCCGAAUGAUCCUAGCGAUGGAAACAGAGAUGCGCUCUUUGGAGAUGCGUCAGCGAGAGCGCAGAGACUGCCAAGCGGUGCGCCUCCGCCAUAUAGUCAGGCCGGGAAUGGCGGUGUUGGCGGUGCUGGCGGUGUUGGCGGCGGAGAUUACGACACCAGCACCUAUCAGGAGCGACAUCUGACGGCGGAGGAGGAAGAAGAGGAGGAGAUUCAGACUAUCAAGCAGGAGAUGCGCUUCGUCAAGCAGGGUGAUGUGGCUUCGACACGAAACGCCCUCCGCGUUGCCGCCAUGGCCGAGGAGACUGGACGGGCCACUCUGGCUCGUUUGGGUGCUCAAGGUGAACGGAUCCACGACACGGAGAAGAACUUGGAUGUUGCGGCCAGUCAGAACCGUAUUGCAGAGGAGAAGGCUCGAGAGCUGAAGACGCUCAACGGGAGCAUGUUCGCCGUCCACGUCUCGAAUCCGUUCACCAAGAACGCCCGGCGCCGCGAGCGGGACGAGAAGAUUCUGAGCACACACCGAGCGGAACGUGCAACGCGCGAGGGCACUCGACAAGAGGCUUUCCGCACGAACCAGCGUAUGGAGCGCACAUUCCGAGAGAUUGAGCGAGAGGCCGUCAAGCCAUCAGUCGGGGGCAAAAAGAACAUGACCGAGCGGGCCAAAUACCAGUUCGAGGCCGACAGCGAGGACGAGGCAAUGGAAGAUGAGAUUGACCAGAACUUGGACCUCCUUGCGGGGGCUGCUGGCCGCUUGAACGGACUCGCCCGUGCCACUGGUCGGGAACUGGAGGAGCAGAACAACCACUUGGACCGUAUUACGGGCAAGAGCGAUUACGUCGACGAUCAAAUCGCCAUGAACCGCUCCAGACUGGAUCGGAUCCGCUAGAUGUCACUAUCGUACAUAUGAUACCACAUUCAGGGGUCAACGCAUGCCCAUACGACAUGCUCAUACACCCUUCACCGCGGCGUUGUUGGCGUUCUAUUUCACUGUAUUUUAAUAGGAUACGACUGUGCAGCUGCAGUAGCCUUGGUAAUUUACUACCACGCGGGCGCCAGGUUGAGUGAGCGCCAGGUUGAGUGAGCAGCCAGGU